CCACUGCAAUAUCAUCGUUCUCAUCGUUCUACAAUUGCUCACACAAACUCGCUUACCUACAUAGUUUAUUUGCACGCUCAUUAAAUUCUGCAGUCUGAUUUGCUUGGAUUCAAUUCAACUAAAUAAAUAUCUAGAGUUCUGACGCAAAGUGUCAGCCAGAAUACAGAUAAAUAUCUGAAUAGGUAUACAGUCAACUACCAGCUAACAACACAGAAGAAUGGAAUCCACUUGGCAAUACACAGGAUAUAAGGAUACAACUUGAGGAAGUGUAUUGAUUUCAAUAAAGCAAGCAAGUUGGGUGUUCCAGUCUUUGUACAUAAAUUGUAACCCCUUUUGUCCAGAGAGCAACAAGCAAAGUUAACUGAUUCCUGGACAGGGCAAGAAACGGGAAGUGGUCCAAGGAUUAAAGGGACUUGUUCAUUGUGAUUCAGCAUAAAACUAAAUGUAACAAAGUUUGUGUGUAAAAGAAAAUCUGAGGAUGAGUUGAAUGUAGGCCAGCUAUUCUCUUAAAUCUCACCUUACACACUUCCUCUAAUCUCAAAGCAGUUCGACCUAUCUGUGCAUCCCAAUUGAUCUCAGGUUGAGUUGACUGCAUUGAACUCUAACUGCACGGUUGGCUAUGCAACAUGACUUCGUUUUAAUGCUUCAUUACACAUCCGUCUAUUUACUUACUUAUAUUUUUAGAACACACAGAGAAAAGAUUUGGUUGAGAUCAGUGUUGAGAUCACAAGUUUUGGUGACAAAGGGAUCUGGGCUGCUGAGUUGAAAACGACUUUGUCAGUGAACAAAGGAAUAUACUACUUUCUGAAAAGCUUUCCAUAGACUGAGUGCAAUGUAUUUUUGAGUGAAUAGGGCGAUGACGUCUACAUAAACUUUAAGUAGAUAUUGUUGUAUUGGGGACUUAUUUUUGCAUGAUAUACGACGUGUAUUGUAGAAAGGGGAUUCAUUGCUGUAAUCAUCAUUUGGUAACAAACAUAUAUCUUGCAGUGUCAGUUUACUUCGAGGACCAGGUUGAUUUGAUUGUAGAGCUGGUCAAUUUAGCUAGCAAGUGUUGACCAUUCACCAACCAACAUAAUCUGCCAAAGUGUUAAGCAACAGUGGUUUAUACAUCAUUACUGCAUCUUGUGUUGUUAUUAAUCAUUAUUACAUAUUGAGAUGUUUUGUGCUGAAGAAACUAUACUACAAAUAAACUAAAUAAUCAUUUUCUAAUAAUUGAAUCAUUCCGGAGCUCUGAUACGAAUUUAGGAUCGUAUAAAAAUUUGCGGAAAAUAGCAGACACUGUUAACUGUACACACAUUGAUCAAAAUGGGAACCAGAGUGAUAAAACUGCUCGUGCAUUUCACAGUUCUCUGCAUUUUAUGCAGUAACUCGAAUGCUGAGACUGAUUUCGAAGACGGGAAGUUUUUUAUCGUCAGCAGCGUGGCUACUGGGAAGGCAAUGACAUUGUCCGGAGGACCCACAUUUCCAAAGGGAGCGUCUGUUGUCACUUCAGCUUGGAUUGCUCGAGACACCCAAACCUGGCUGGCCCUUGCAGAAAGUUCAAAGAAAGAAGGACGCGUGAUUGGGGGGUCCAAGAAGUUUGUUCUAAUUCCGCAGCAACAAAGUUGGAAUUGGAAAGAUUUCGUGAGCAAUGGAGAUGUUAACAUAACACUGGAAACGUUGCCACCAAACACAAUGGUCCUCACCUUGGACUCUACGGCAGUGAAUCUAACACAGGAGGUUUAUGCAGACGAGUCCAGUCAGAAAUGGGUUGUAGAGGACGUCGGUGAAGGGGAAGUAUUGAUCAAAAAUUGGGGCAAUCAACAAUGCAUUCGAAAUUUUGAUCACAAAAAUUUGAACUUUUUGGAAAACAUAAGGAAAAGGAUUGACAAUUUUUUUGGCGUCUUUAGAAAAAAGAAACCUUCUCCAUUGGGAACUUUGGCAUGUGCGUCAGAAGAUAUAUCAGAAAGAUGGACCUUGGAACCUGCUUAUGUUCUCAAUUUUAAGAGCGGAUAGUUUUAUCAUGAUGUUGAAUUUGAGCAUAAGUUCACAAUAUUAAGGAUGUACAAAUAGAAAACAUGAAUACACUAUUUAUUUUACUUAUUUAACUAAACUUAAUCAAACAAUCAUGAAUGGCGAUCACCUAUACAAUUUUGAUUACUUUAAUUUAUUUUCAAAUCCUCGGGAACAAUUCAAGUAUUGUGGAUGUGCAAGAAUGUGCUAUGCAUUUCUUUCGUAUGUUUAACUGACUAGACAAAAGAAACUAAAUUCAUAUAAAACAUGCAAUUAUUAGAGCAGAAGAUGCAAACCAGACCAAGAGUACUACAAAGCUCUUUUCCAUAUUUAGCGUGAGGCAGAGUGAGAUUCGGGUUCUGGUGGGUAUCCGCGAUUAUCGCGCGUCAGUGCCGUAUCCGUCUCACUUUGCCGCGCUCACACAAUCAUGCGUCUUAUUUAAUUAAGUAUACUGGGUUAUCUAAAUGUUGUCUUAUUAAAAUACAAAAAACUUAAAUGUUGGUA